AUGUCUUCAUUUCAGAAUGAGGGCUGUGAAGGUCAUUGGGAAGAUGUGGAACUAAUACAGCCCCAGAAAGGAAAGAUUGCCUCCAGGCAACAAAGUCAAGGACCAGUAACACAAAGAAUUCCCGCCAAAAAUGUCUGCUGGGGGUACCGGGGGAGAGGAUCAACAGACCAACAGGACCAACAGACCAACAGGACCAACAGGACCAUCAGACCAUCAGACCAACAGACCAACAGGACCAACAGACCAACAGGACCAACAGACCAACAGGACCAACAGGACCAUCAGACCAUCAGACCAACAGACCAACAGGACCAUCAGACCAACAGACCAACAGGAUCAACAGACCAACAGGAUCAACAGACCAACAGGACCAACAGGACCAUCAGACCAACAGACCAACAGACCAACAGACCAACAGGAUCAACAGACCAACAGGAUCAACAGACCAACAGGACCAACAGGACCAACAGACCAACAGGACCAACAGACCAACAGGAUCAACAGACCAACAGGACCAACAGACCAACAGGACCAACAGGACCAACAGGACCAACAGACCAACAGGACCAACAGACCAACAGGACCAACAGACUAACAGGACCAACAGACCAACAGGACCAACAGACCAACAGGAUCAACAGACCAACAGGACCAACAGACCAACAGGACCAACAGACUAACAGGACCAACAGACCAACAGGAUCAACAGACCAACAGGACCAACAGACUAACAGGACCAACAGACCAACAGGACCAACAGAAAUGAAAGUAUCAGAUGCCAAAUUCUACCUUCAAGGGAACGUGACAGCAACAAGCCACGAAUUGUUCAAUGGGGAAGAGCAUCUGUACAGAAGUCAAUAA